CAACAUUAAUGGCAGUAAAUCAGGACUUUAAUACAGUUAAUGUGGAUUUUACUCUAUAAUUACACAUUUUACUCUUCUGUUAUCUAAACUGUGGAUAAAGACGAGGCGUUUUUAAACAGACAGCAAACAUGGCAGAAGAAGCACCAGCAGCAGCAGCCGCCGGACCGUCCAAGGCCCAGGCCAAGCCCGCGAGGAAGAAGACGGCGGCCUCCAAAGCGAAGAAAAGCUCUCCCAAUAUCGCCGAUGCGGUCUUGAAGGCGGUGAAAGACAGCGGGGACCGCAAAGGGACAUCCAUGGCCACCAUCAAGAAAUCCAUCGCAGCGAUGGGGAUUGACUUGGACAAGAGCAACAAACGCGUCAAUACUACAGUAUGCAGACUAGUCACAAAUGGAGAAUUGAUCCAGGUCAAAGGCUCUGGCGCUUCUGGCUCUUUCAAACUCCCGAAAGGGGCUGACACCAAGACAAAGAGUGCUAAGAAAGUCACCAAGCGGGCGGCAGUGAAGAAAACCGCCGCCAAGAAGACAACAGCUACUAAGAAAACUCCCACCAAGUCUAAGAAAGUAGCUAGCCCCAAGAAGAAGGCAAAGGCACCUGCGAAGAGUCCUAAGAGGGCACCCAAGAAGACACCGACUAAAAAGUCACCUGCCAAGAAAGCCGCAGCCAAGAAAGCUCCUGCAAAGAGAGCUGCCCCAAAGAAAACUCCAACCAAGAGAGCAGCGCCCAAGAAGACUGCAGCCAGAAGGCCCAGGAAGUAGAUGGGCUGAUAUCUAGCUCCAAUUUAUUUCAACCAAAGGCUCUUUUAAGAGCCACCACAACAUCCAAUUAAGAGU